CUCGUAUCACAUGGUGUCAGAAGUUCCGCGUUUUAACCAAAUAGUAAUUAAUUCGCGAUAAUGGCUACUAAUAACACAUAUAACACUUACGAAUCCGGUAUUAAUAUCAAACCUCCAAAACCAUUAGAAGUAAACAGCAAAAAUGUUGCUCUAUCAUGGAAAAAAUGGUUCCAACAAUAUAAAUGGUUUGAAACCGCGUCUCAAUUGAAUAAAAAACCUGCUGAAAUACAAGUUGCUACUUUUAUGUCUGUCUUAGGACCUGACGCGGUAGAUAUUUAUAAUUCAUUCACGCUUACUUCAGAAGAAAGCAAAAAUUUAACCGUUCUAACUACUAAAUUCGAAGAACAUUUUGCCCCCAAAAUAAGUAUCACCUUUGAGAGAUACGUUUUUAAUAAAAUGAUACAAAACGAAGAAGAGCCUUUCGAUGAUUUUUUUACGCGCAUAAAAAAUCAGGCUAAAAAAUGCGAAUUUGGUACAUUGCUAGAUAGCCUAAUACGUGACAAAAUUGUUGUCAGCAUCCAUAGUGACGCUAUUCGAGAAAAAUUAUUAGAAAAAGCAGAGGUAUCAUUAGAUGAUACAGUUAAGAUUUGUAGGGCAAGUGAAAUAGCGGCGAGUCAACUCAAAGAAUUACAUAGAAACGAAGAAACAGUCCAUGCAGUUACUAAAUACAGAAAAAAAAACGAGAAAACGAGGAAGCCGAUAAAUAACCAAGAAGCAAAUGAAUUUUAUUGUCGAAGGUGUGGAACUACUCACUCACGAAAAAACUGCCCAGCAUUCAACAAAGUUUGCAACAAGUGUGGAAAAAAGGGUCACCUAGCCACGGUCUGCAAAACGAGAACAAAAAAACGAGACAGAAAAGUGCAUGAAAUUAAAAACGAAACAACAAGUGAUAGCGAAGAUAGUGAUAACAAUAGUUUACUAGUACUAUCAGUUGAUACAAACAAAGAUGACAAAAAUAAUUACAUGGAAGAGAUAAUGAUCGAAAACAAAAAAGUAAAUGUUAAACUAGACACGGGUGCUCAGUGCAAUGUAUUGCCAAAAAAUGUAAUCGAUAAACUUAAGAACGUAAAACUAAAUCAAUCAAAAACAAAAAAGCUAGUUUCAUUUGCAAAUGAUAAAAUCAGUGUUCUCGGUGAAGUAUCCCUAUGUUGUAUAGUGCGAAAUAUGAAACACAUGUUGUCAUUUAAAGUUGUUGACAAGGCCGUCUGUCCAAUUUUAGGUAAAAGUGCAUGCGAGAAAUUAAAGUUGAUACUGCGGGUAGAAGAACUUAAAAUUGACGAAAAUAUGUUCGAAGGGUUAGGUUGCAUUAAAAAAUUUGUUUACGACAUUGAUUUAGUCGAAAAUCCAGUCUUUGAGAAUUAUGCCCCCCGAAAAAUACCACACGCAUUACAAGACGAUGUAAAGAAAGAGAUCGAUAGAAUGAUUCAAUUGGGUGUCAUAGAGAAAACAGAAGGUGCUACUCCAACAACCUCACCUAUGGUAAUUGUACGCAAGAAAGGGAAAAUAAGAAUUUGCCUCGACCCUACCGAUGUAAACAAAAAUAUUGUAAGAAGAUUUCAUCCUCUUAAAUCCAUGGAUGAGAUUGCAGCAAAGGUUCAAAACUCCAAGUUUUUCACAAUCUUGGAUUGUAAACAUGGUUUUUGGCAAAUCAGAGUAACAGAUCGAACGAAAGGUUAUCUGACUAUGGCUACACCUUGGGGUAGAGUGUCGUUCUUGCGUGUUCCGUUUGGUCUUGCUUCCGCCCCAGAAAUCUACCAAAAACUCAUGACUGAUUUAUUAGAAGGCUGUGAAAAUACAGAGGUUUCGAUGGAUGACGUUUUAAUUCAUGCUCCUGAUGUCAAAGCAUUAAAUGUGCUUACAAAGAAAGUGCUUAAAAAGCUUGAUGAAGCAGGAAUAAAAUUAAAUAAACAAAAAUGCAUAUUUGCUACUACAAAAGCACGCUUUUUAGGCCACAUCAUCACAUCAGAAGGAAUUGCAGCAGAUCCCGAAAAGAUUGAGUCAAUAAAAAACUUAAAGCAACCAACAAAUAAAACCGAACUUCAAAGAUUACUUGGUAUGGCAACUUACUUAGGUAAGUUUAUUCAUAAUUUAUCCGAAAUUAAUUAA